GUAGUUGACGACAUGCGCCCCGGCUGAUUCCUUCAGGAUCAUCAUCAGAUGAUCAAGGGCAAAUUAAAGGCAAACCCUGGCAAACCUCGUCGAUCGAUACAGCCUGACACCUUAUAGUAAUGGGGGAAUACUGCUGCACACUUAUGCACACAUGACAGGUGGUUUAUGCAUGGCUGCAGUGCAAUUGACACCCCAUCAUUCGUCUCAAGGUGGAACACGCAGGAGCCUCGAGGCAAUCAUUCUUCUCGAUGCCUCCUCUUAAGUACGCCGGACCCUCAAGGUUUUGCGUCAGCAUCCUAUCCCCAGCUUUACUAUCAUGUCGCAGUGGGAGUCCCUGCCAACCUGGCUGCAAACUCAAGUCAAACAAAUCGAGCGAGGAUCAUCAUCGUCACUUGCUUCCCUCAAAUCGCUCAACCGCUCAAUCUCUUCUAAAGAAUCCUCUGAUCAUUUACGUCCUUACUUUCAAACUCUCAUUCCUCUAUUUUUCAUUCAUCUCGAUCCAGGGCUCGUCCCACAUGAGAUUACCUCAGAUUCCGCACAUUCAAUUAUGCUCGCUAAAGUGUCCAUCAUGGGCAUUAGUUGCCUAUGCGGGGAGAAUCAGGGGGAGUUGCGUGGUGCACCUCAAUUCCGUCAGAAGAUGUCUGAUGCCAUUCAUGCACAUUGGAGCGGGGUGUCUGCAUGGCUUCAGUUUUUCUACCACAAUUUCCUCGUCCCACGGGAUGACCCCGUCGGACGCCUACACAGGAUCUACAGCGUGACCUCCCAGGAAGCUGCCAGCACCUCAAUACGAUUCAUCUACGUGGCUAGCGUACUUCCCGGUGUUGUCGCAUAUCUUUAUCGAACAACGCCAGAGAUCGAGCGAAUCAUCAUGGAACUUUGGUACCUGGUAACGGAUAUCAAACGCGAAGACCGCAUUGACGAUCCGUAUCUUCGCCAAUGGCGUCAGGACUUUAACAUGCUUCGCGCAUUCAUGGCCCAUGUAGUCACCUCGUGCGUGUACUACGAGCCUCCUAGCGCUCCUCUCCCGCCUUUAACAUCGCUCAUCGAAGCCGCUGGAGGAAGGACCCCUAUGGUUUUAGCUGCUCUCAGGUGUCUACGUUUUGCUGGAAAGGGAGUGGCUCAGAGAGACUACGACGUGAUCAAGCAGGAUCUUGAUCUUGGUCCCUUGAAUACUCUCUCGUUGACGUGCAAGCAAACGCUCAUCUUCAUGUUCGCCACAAGCCAGGCGGACCCUGUCAUGCGCGAGCUCUUUCUCACACAUUCCUCGAUGCGCACAGUUCUCAACACGCUGGCCGGAAUCGGAACACGUCCGGAUACAGAGCCAGAUCUUGAUCCCACCAAUGAGAGCUUUUGUCAAAGGACUGCGACAAAGCGGGCCGCUAUGGCUAUAGGUCAUCAGUACAUCUCCUUCGUGCUGGCAUGCUCUGAUAAUCCCAUCGAUACUGCCUGUCACGCCCUUCGCUGUCGUCUUCUGGAGGUCCUCUUACGGAACUGUGUAUUCCCUUCGGAAAAUCGCUUGCACAAGUCCAGGUGGUUGGAUUACGAUACCAGGAUUUUUGAACAGCUGGGAGGGACCCUAAUUUAUGAGAGGGUCGUUCGUAUCGCCUGGAGAUCCAUGCAAUAUAUUGAUUCUCAGCGCCUUUAUGUCCAUGCCACGCACGAUCCAACAUUGUGGAGUUCACUGUUGACCUUCAAAGAGAUCCUUUCGCAGCGUUGGAGGAUUCUCUCUACGCUAACGCCAUGUACACGCCCAAAGUACGAACAAGCCUGUGGAGGUCCUGGGUGCACCAGUGCGAGCACCAAACUCCAACAGUGCGCUGGAUGCCAGACCACGAAAUACUGCUCAAAAUCUUGCCAGCGAAUGGCAUGGUCCACUGUCCAUCGUGCACAUUGUAGUAUCCUCAAAGCUGGAAUUGGAAUGGCUAAGGCGGGCAGGCACCUUCGGUCAAGUCUGCCAUUUAUUGCAUUAAUCGAAGCAGCCGAGUUCGACGACGAGAAGUGGCGAGGACAGCAUGUUCUGCAACACAAACUGGCCGUCGCUCGUGAAGAAAACCCAGAAGAUGCUCACUCUUUGGUGCUCGAGUUGGACAUGACUAUCCUCCCUAUCAAACAUCGCGUACAACCCCUUCGCCAGUGUAUCGGACAAUUCAACGAUCCAAGUUGGAUGCGGAUCAUUGAGGGCAGGCAGGCUUUGCAGGGCACUAGUAUACUCCCCGUGAUGACGAUAAUUACCACGAUCGAGGGUGCUAGGAGGAGGUCGCUUUUCAGCCCGCGGACGGCUUUGCAAUUAGCGUUUGGGUGGCCGCAUUCUGAGGUUGCAGCAGAGCUCCCUUUCCCGCGUGGUGUCUUGUCCAUUUACUGCACUAAAGCCUUGACGGGUUGCGCUGAAGAGGGCGCUGAAUCGAAACCUGACCUCGAGAGCGCCCGAAAGGACUUUAUACUCGCAAUCGGUGCUAUAGAGUACCAACAUGGAGUGGGCCUUGAGGACCGGCCCGAUAAGGAGAGGUGAAGGAUGUGUGGCGUUUUGCCUUUCUUCACUUGCUGUACGUGAACCACUGGUCAUAUGAUCGUCAAUGAGCAUCAUUGAACUUGCAGUAGGUGCUGCCUAGUUACUUAUAGUUAUCAGGAUGACUGGCUGUCCAAGACACAUUGUGUAAUAUUGGGUGUUCU